AUGUCCGACUCAGGAAAAACAAAACUGAAUUAUAAUCCUCCAAAGGAUGAUGGCUCAACAUACAAGAUUGAACUUGAAGGGAUAUCUGUUGAUAUCAUGAAAGAGAUACUAGAUUACAUCUUCAGUGGGCAGAUCAGGCUAAAUGAAGAAACUAUCCAAGAUGUGGUACAGGCAGCUGAUCUCCUGCUGCUUACAGACUUAAAAACUCUCUGCUGUGAGUUUUUAGAAGGUUGCAUAGCUGCUGAGAACUGUAUUGGUAUUCGGGACUUUGCACUGCACUAUUGUUUGCAUCAUGUUCACUACCUUGCCUCAGAGUAUCUGGAAACUCACUUUCGAGAUGUCAGCAGCACAGAGGAAUUCUUGGAACUGACUCCUCAAAAACUGAAAGAAGUGCUGUCAAUGGAAAAGCUCAAUGUUGGAAACGAAAGAUACGUCUUUGAAGCAGUGAUUAGGUGGAUUUCUCAUGAUUCAGAAUCGAGAAAGGUUCACAUGAAGGAUGUCAUGUCAGCAGUGUGGGUUUCGGGCUUAGAUGCAGCAUAUUUACGUGAGCAGAUGAUGAGCGAACCGCUGGUACGGGAGAUCGUCAAAGAAUGCAACAAUAUUCCCCUCACGCCGCCGCAGCAGGGAGAGGCCAUGCUGGCCUCCUUCAAGCCCCGGGGUUACUCGGAGUGUAUAGUGACUGUCGGUGGAGAAGAACGAGUAUCACGGAAACCAACCUCAGUGAUGCGGUGUAUGUGUCCUCUUUAUGAUCCCAAUAGACAGCUCUGGAUUGAACUUGCUCCUAUGAGUAUUCCAAGGAUCAAUCAUGGAGUAUUGUCAGCAGAAGGAUUUUUAUUUGUGCUUGGUGGUCAGGAUGAAAACAAGGGAACACUAAGCUCUGGAGAGAAGUAUGAUCCAGAUACCAAUUCAUGGAGUUCCUUACCACCAAUGAAUGAGGCACGACAUAAUUUUGGUGUGGUAGAGAUUGAUGGAAUUCUGUAUAUCCUGGGAGGUGAGGACGGUGAAAGGGAGCUGAUCUCUAUGGAGAGCUAUGAUAUUUAUAGCAGGACCUGGACCAAGCAGCCAGACUUGACCAUGGUUAGGAAGAUUGGCUGCUAUGCAGCUAUGAAGAAGAAAAUCUAUGCAAUGGGCGGAGGCUCCUACGGAAAACUUUUUGAAUCUGUUGAGUGUUAUGACCCUAGGACUCAGCAGUGGACAGCAAUCUGUCCUCUGAAAGAGAGAAGAUUUGGGGCAGUAGCCUGUGGAGUUGCCUCUGAACUUUAUGUGUUUGGCGGAGUUAGGAGUCGUGAUGACAGUCAAGCCAGCGAGAUGGUGACAUGCAAAUCUGAAUUUUAUCAUGAUGAGUUUAAAAGGUGGAUUUAUCUAAAUGACCAGAACCUAUGUAUCCCAACGAGUUCUUCAUUUGUGUAUGGAGCUGUGCCCAUUGGAGCCAGCAUAUAUGUGAUUGGAGAUCUCGAUACAGGUACAAAUUAUGACUAUGUUAGAGAAUUUAAAAGAAGCACGGGAACUUGGCAGCGCACUAAGCCACUCUUUCCCUCGGACCUUCGCCGUACUGGCUGUGCAGCUUUGCGUAUCGCAAACUGCAAGCUCUUCCGACUGCAGCUUCAACAAGGAUUAUUCCGCAUUCGCUCUUGCUCCAAAUUUUCUUCUGAAUGCACUGCUGUUGCUGGUGGUCACUGGGAAGAGCUCCUGUGGGCUGGAGGAUGUCCACGCAAACUUGAUCUUUCUGUGCGCUGGCUUUUUGCGCGUCUCUGCAUCCUUUAACUCCACCCGGUACACGUGGGGAGAGUGCUUGAUGCAUGAUGAAAGGACUUUUUCAUCAAGCUUGUAAAACGUGUCAGCAGGUUCAAGAUCACCCGAACAUCUGUAAGCAAUCCUGUAGGUAGAACAUGCGUACCCCACUCCUGUGUGAGUGUUACUUGUGGCUGGAAGUCUGCUGCCUUGUCUGUGGGGAAAAGCCCCUGUUCCCAGCUACCUCAUUUUUUUUUUUUUCUUUGCACUUUGUCAAAUCUUUUUUUUUUUUUUUUUUUUUUGGUUUUGUUUUAAAUUGCAUUUUGUCCUUCAAUAAAAAAACCUAAAAGCAGACAAGAAGCGGGGCAGAAUGAUGCCGUUGUCCAAGGACAGUUUAAUUUCAUUUUAAAUGCAUGUUUCUGUACAAAAAGACCAAGGUUGACCUGCAGCUGCUGUAAAAAGUAAAUAAAAAUUCAUAUUACUUGAAAGUAACUAUUAUACUUGUAAAUGAGAGAAGCAAUUGAAAGACUGUCCUGACAAUUUUUAAAUAGGAAAAAAUCCGUUUAAAAAAAAUAGAAGUCUCUGCUCUUAUAAGGACAGAUCAGUUAGUUUUCUCUCUGCCUCUACUCUGCACUGUUUUGCCUGUGAACUUGAUCUGUUAUCUCAGUGGAGAGAUUCACUGAUUGUUCUGUAAUGUCUAAUCUGGAUUUUUAUUCCCAUGGAGUUUCUCCUCACCUACAGAGGAGAAACUGUCCAAAUAAAUACCCACCCUCUGUAUCUGAUUAUAUAUUUGCCCAUUUGUUUGAGCUCUUCAAGUAUGCAGGGGUUUGCUUAGCUUGAAGACUUUAAAAAA